AGCGCUGCGUUUCUGUUUCCGGGAUGUUUGGUGAUGUGGCUCUAAAAUCCUGGAGACGAAAUUGAUCAAAUAAACCACGCAGCUCUUCCCUGCGCCGAUUACUCAGGUCAGCCAUGUUUAGCCGGCUGACCCAAGGGGUGUCUUCUGUCCUCCAGGAGCUCUCGGGUGAGGAACGCUCCGAUGGAGACCUCCAGGAUGGUCCGGUGCCUCAGCCCCAGCCUGAUGCUGAAGCAUCCCUGGAGGGCUCGGGGACCUCAGAAGAGGUCCUGGAGAGGCUGGCCCAGACCGAACAGCUGGUGGUUCAGCUGAAGGAGCUGAUUCGAGAGAAGGACAGCCAGCUCGCCAGCACUGAAAAACAGCUCAAGGAAGAGAAAGAACAGGCAGAAGUCAAGUUUACAAAGCUUAAACUGCAGGCCAAAGCCAAGAUGGCUGCCCUGAACAAACGGCUCAAUGAGCUGAAAGGACAAGAAGCAUUGAACAGCAGUCAGAAUUCAGAGAGCUCCUUCCAAAUGGCUCCAGGAGUGGAGGAGGAACUCCAGCAGCUGAAAGAAAAGCUCAGCCAGGCAGAGUCCGCUAACAAGAACCUCCAACAUCAGCUCUGGGAGGCCGAACAGCGUGUGAGAGAGGAAGGUCAUGCAGAGCAGGUGCGAAUUCUGCAGGCUGUGGUGAAGGACAAAGAUGUGCGAUUUCAAGAACAAAUCCUCAAACAUGAGCAGGAACUCCUUAAUCUCACGCAGGUCUCAAAUGACCCUGACUUACAGCAGGCCCUUCGUGCAUCCCAGCAGCGCAUAGAGGAGUUGGAGGAGUCCUUGCGCUCUCGUUCAGAAGUCCUAGAAAUGUUGCAGCAGGAACUCAACAGUGCAGACCAGCAGAAACAGGUUCUGACUGCUCAGUUCAGGCAGAUGGAAUUGGAGUUGGCAGAAGCCCGGCGACUGAGAGAAGAGGAGAGGCAGCAGUGGGAAAUGAGUGCUGAGGAAGAACUCCAGGCUCUCAGAGCCAGACUAGAAGCUUCAGAGAGUGAGAGAGAACAGACAGUCAAUUCUGAGUUACUGGAAAAGACCGCAGAGAUGGAUGAAAUGAGAGCAAAACUUGAAUCUGCUGAAAGAGAGAAAGAAGAAACGCUGGAGAAAUUAAAAGAUAAAGAAAAUGCCAUUGAGGCUGAGCUGGCCAAAAUGAAAGUAUGUCUAGAAGCCAGAUUGGAGACAUCAGAGAGUGAGAGAGAGCAGACCAUCAGUACACUCAGCAUCAAUGUCACACAACUUAAUGCUGAAUUGCUGAAAAAGACCACAGAGUUGGAAGAGAUGAGAGCGAAGCUUGAAUCUGGGGAAAGAGAGAAGGAAGAAAUGCUGGAGAGAAUGAAAGAGAGAGAGACUAGCUUUGAGGCAGAGCUGACCAACAUGAAAGUAUCUUUAGAAACUAGAUUGGAAACAUUAGAAAAUGAAAGAGACCAGAACAUCAGUGCUCUCAAUGCUGAGUUACUGAAAAAGACAGCAGAGGUGGAUGAAAUCAGAGAAAAACUUGAAUCUGGGCAAAGAGAGAAGGAAGAAAUGCUGGAGAAAAUUAAAGGGAGAGAGAGUACCUUUGAGGCAGAGCUGAUCAACUUGAAAGUAUCUCUAGGAACUAGAUUAGAAACUUCAGAAAAUGAAAGAGACCAGAACAUCAGUUCUCUCAAUGCUGAGUUACUGAAAAAGACAGCAGAGUUGAAUGAGAUGAGAGCAAAGUUUGAAUCUGAGGAAAGAGAGAAGAACGAAAUGCUGGAGAGAAUGAAAGAGAGAGAGACUAGCUUUGAGGCAGAGCUGACCAACUUGAAAGUAUCUCUAGAAACUAGAUUGGAAACCACAGAAAGUGAAAAAGAGCAGACCAUCAGUGCUCUCAAUGCUGAGUUACUGAAAAAGACCACAGAGUUGGAUGAAUUGAGAGAAAAACUUUCAGCUGAGGAGAGAGAAAGUCUGGAGAUGUUACAAGAGAGACAAAUAAGGUUUGAGACAGAGCUGGCCAACUUGCAAGCCUGUCUGGAAGUCGCUGAGAACCAGAAAGAGGAAAUGACAAAGAAGCUAGAGGUAGAGGUGGCAAGCCGCAUGGAAGAGCUUCAUCAACUUCAGGAGAAGCUCAAUGAAGUGGAGAGAGCAAGGGAAGAAGAAUCUAAGAGUGAAAGAGAUCGCUUAGCACAGAUGCAAAACGAGUUUGAGUCAUUAAGAGAGACACUGGAUGCCAAUAAAGAAGAACAGAAAGCAGGACUGCAAGCCAAGGAUGCACUGGAGAAACUUUGGAGAGGGAUUCAGAUUUUGACAACUGCUGGGGAGGCAGAGGUGGAAAUAUCCAUUCCUACUGACCCUGCACAAUUCUUAGAGGUGUUACCUGCUCUAGAAGCUCGGCUGAACAACCUUACAGACGAACAGCAAGAGAGUCAAGCAUGCAUGUCCCAGAUCACACUUACUCUUCAAUCUCUGCAAGGUCAACUGGAUAAGAGCACAGCUGAGAGAGAGGAAGCAGUUGCUAGGAUACAGGAACUGGAGCAACAACUUCUCACUGUUCAGGUUACUGGUGAGUCAUUAUGUGAUCAUGUGACUGACCUGUCUGUGAGAGAUUUGGACAGGACACACCAGGGCAAAACUAUUCCAGAGGAGGAAAGAGCCGACAGCCCGAGCAGAGAGGACAUCGCUGGGUUGCACGACAACUCUACAGCUCUGUCUGAGGUUCUUGAGGGCACACAAGAGGAAGAGACAACACUUGUGGCAGUUGACACAUCUGUUCUGUCUGUCUCUGCUGGCAAUGAGAGUAGCCCUGAGCUUAUAGCACCCCAGCCUGAGUCUCCUGGAGAAUCAAAGGGUACCUCCUCGGAUGAGAUGGUGACAAGCAGUGACUCAGAGGUGGCUCAUAGUAGCUGGACUCUUCUGGAGGCAGUUAACCAAGAUGGGACUCAAGAGUGGGUGCCCCAAAUUCAGGACUUUGCCUCAUUACGCUUAUCCACACAAUCUUGGGAAGAGACCUGCGAAGAGCAUGUUGCAUCAACUAGCUGCAUAGCUGAAUCACCAUCUUUAGUUAUCCAUGAAACUGUACAGGUACGUCUUGGCCAACAGGAGGGAGGUCUGCUAAAUACAGAUUCAAGCACUGGUCAGGCUUUUGCACAGGUCUUAGCAGAAGAGAUUCAGAAAAGAUAUAGUGAACUUCUGGGAGAGCUUCAGCAGUUGAAAGACACAGCUUUACAAUCACAGGAGAGAGUCUUCCAGCUGGAGGAAGCAUUGAAGUCACUUACAGAUUCCAAAAAUGAGGUUCAGUCCAAGGCAAAUAUAUACGAGAAAGAGCUGAUUGAAGUUAAGGCAUUGUUUGAGCAAGAAAAAAUAGAUAGGCAAAAUGUUGCUGAGCAGUUUGAAAACUUGCAGGAAGAGGUUUUCUCUAAAGAUGACAAGAUGAAAGCCUUACAGGCAAGCCUUGAUGAAGUCCAUCAAAGACUUGUUGAACAAGAAGGACAAGCUAGAAUGCUGGCUGCUCAACUAGAGGACAGAGAGCUCACUUCCUCCGAACUAGAGCAGAAGUUUGUGGACAUGGAGGGCAGGUUAGUGCAUGUCUCUCAGGAGGCUGAUAUGGCAAAAGCUGCUCUCAUUGACAGGACUGCUGAGCUGGAAGGUCUACGAAAGUGUCUUUCACAGAAAGACCAGGAGAUGAUGGAACUCAAUGAAAGCAUGACUGCCAAACUACUCCAGGCUGGAGAGGAAAAGUUUGCAGUAUCCAGUGAAGUCAAAAAGCUAAAAGAGCAAAUACAUGAACUUGAGAGUGUCAGGGAUGACCAGCUGAAACUCAUAGAGGAUAAAACAGCAGAAUGUGAGGAGCUUGUUGCUUUACAAAAGGAGAAUGAUGACUUGAAUACUCAAAUAGCUGCCGUGAAGAAAGAUGGAGAACAGGUCAAGAGAAAGCUGCAGGCAGCUCUUAUACAGCGGAAAGAAUUGAUUAAAAAAGUUGCAGACUUUGAGAAGGAGGCUGAGAGCAGGGAAGAAAAGGAAAGGGAUGGUAAUGAGGAAAUAACACUUCAGUUCAAAAAUGAAAUUAAGGACAAAGAGAAAGAAAUACAGAGACUUGAUGUUUUGUUGCAAGAGACCAGAGAUGACUUAAAUAUAAAAGAAGAGACCUUAAUAAGUCUGAAACAAAAAAUCAGUAACCAAGAUCAUGCAUUGACUGAGUCACGUGCAGAAAUAGAACAUUUGACUGAGCAGUAUGUACAACUAAAUGAACAACAAAUGUCACAGAUGGCUGAGGACAAAAAUAGGCUUCUUUCACAGAUAGCGUCCAUGGAAUCUGACAUUGAAAUAUUGCAUAAAAAGCUUCAGGAAGCUACUGAUGAUCAUGAGGACGCUGUUGUGAAAGCUCAAGAGAAAGAUCGCCAUCAUCUUGAGCAGAUGAAACAACAGAAAGAGUACAGUGACCUUUUUGAACGCCUCCAAACUGAAGAGAGAGAAAAAACUGGGUUGUUGAAUCAUAUUGUGGAGCUUGAGGGUCUGCUAGAAUCAAAGAAUGAUACAAAUAAAGUGGUGAGUGUGAAUGUGGAGAGGAAUGUUGGGUCUGCUACACAAAAUCUAGAGAAACCAGAGACAAAUGAUUGGGUUCAGGAGGACUGGGUGGAUUUUACUUCAGCUGAAACUGAGACACAACAACAUAAACCUGGUGAGCAAUCUCAACAGCCCAUGGUAAAAGAUCAUGAGGACAUUAUAAAUGCUCUCCAGGAGGAAUUAAGAGUUGAGCAGGCUGCUCGUGCAGAAUUUGAGGUGCGCCUACAAGAGAGCCAAUCCUCUCAAUCACUCACUGAUAGCAAAUUCAAAGAGCUUUGCAAAGAACUUGAAGCCUUGAGAGAAAAGGAGAGGCAGAUUGAUGCUCUCACUGAGGAAAUGGAGGCUCUUAGGGAGAAAUGUCAGAGAGCCGAAGCUAAUGCAGAGAAGCUGAAAGCGGAGGUGGAUGAGGCUUGGGAAGCAGCUAAAAGAAGCAUCUCAGAUGCUGAGUCCCCAAUCAAAGCACUUCAGUCAGAAGUGGAAGAAUUUAAGCAAUUUCUUAAAAACAAGACUGAUGAGAUUGUUGAUUUAAGCCAACAGCUUAGUGAACAAAGUUCCCUUUUACUUAAGAUGCAGGAAACUGUACUGGAGAAAGAUCAGAGGAUUGCUUCCCUACAAGAAUGGCUUAAAGCUGAGCAAGAUAAGGUUCAAAAACUGGAAGCAGAAAUGCCACAACGUGAGGAAGACGAGAAGGAUAAUAGUGCCAAACUCCAACAGCUUCAACGCAAACUGCAGGCUGCUCUUGUGUCACGUAAGGCGGCGCUCAAAGAGAAACAGGUGCUAAAGGAGGAACAGACCGCUGCUGAGAAGAUCAGAUUGGAGCUACAACAGAAACUGGAGUUAAUAGAGGUGGAGCUGAACAAGUCAAGAGAAGAGAGGGAGAAGUUAAUUGAAGAGGUGGAUCGAACUUUGUUGGAAAACCAGAGUCUGCAUGCCUCAUGUGAGAGCCUUAAACUUGCCAUGGAGGGUGUUUUGAAUGAGAAGGAUGCAUGUAAACGUCAGGCUGAGAGUGCCAAAGAGGAAUCCAAACAAGUGUGCAGACAGCUGGAAGAAAAGGUGCAAAGUAUGAAAGAAGAGUAUGAAUCCCUCCUCAAGUCAUAUGAAAAUGUAAGUGAUGAGGCUGAACGAGUGAGACGAGUGCUUGAAGCUGCUCGACAAGAGAGGCAGGAGUUAGCAGCCAAGGCACGAGCUCAUGAGGCAGCUAGACAAGAGGCUGAGAGGCUAGCUGAGGAAGCUAUGAAGGAGGUGGAUGUUGUGAAAGAAAAAAUGAGAAAGUUUGCCAAGGUUAAGCAUCAGAAGAUUAUGGAUCUGGAGGAGGAGAAUGAAAGGCUCAGGGAGCAGGAAGAGAAGAAAUUGACCAAACAUACAGAUACUGAGCUGAAACAAGAGCUUGAGACCUUGAAAACAAAUAAUAUUGUUAUGGAUGGAAAGAACUCUUUGGAGCAUGAAGCUGAUGAGUUGAGACAGCGUUUGGCUGAGGACAUUGACAAAAAGGGCAGUGAGAACCUGGACACAUGCUCCGUGGAAACCAUUAAUGAGGUUAAAAUUGUCACACAGCAGAGAAGUCCUGAUUUAAUCGAAAUUCAAGAGUACCAGAGUGAUAGUAUUCCCCCAGAGGCCAAUCCCACUAAGCCAUUGGAAUCCAUUGGUACUGCUCUUGAACAAGAAGUGCAAGCAAAUGUUGAGAUGACUGCUCAAACAGAGGUGAGGCUCAAGGAACUGGAAACCUCUCUCAAAACAGCAGAGAAUAAGAUAAGGGAACUUGAAGCUGCUCUUGAAUAUCACAUUGAAUCCAGAAACAAGCAAGAGUCAACGCUGGGUGCAGAGUUUGCUUCCCUCAAGCAGCAACUUCAGGAGUCUUCAGAAAGAGAGUGGCUCCAGAAGGAAGAGCUCUCUACGAAAGAGACCCAACUGCAAGAACUUUGCACUAGCCUAGAGACUGAAAGGGAUGACCUGGAGGAGCGGUUAAUGAACCAGCUGGCUCAGCUCAAUGGCAGCAUUGCACGCUACCAGCAAGAGGCAUCUGACAGUUGUGAUCGCCUCACAGACAUGCAGAGGGAAUUGGAGAAACUGGAGAGAGAGCGGGCUGAGCUGGAGGCUGAGGUGGCAAGUGAGAGGGACCGGGCAGCCAGGAUGGAAGAGGACAUGAGGCAGGCACAACGAGAGAGAGCAGAGGCAGAGGCUGAGGCAGGCAAACAAAGAGAGCUGGAGCAGAAGUUGAUGUCAGCGCAGAGGUUUAAAGAAGGUAGUCAAAACAGGACACGUCAACUUGAGGAACUGCUGAGGGAGAAGCAAAUGGAAGUUCGUCAGCUACAGAAAGACUGGAUUGAGUACCAGGAAAGAAUAAGUGAACUGAGUAAAGAUGUUAAGUCAUUGACUUUGGAGAGAGAUGAGGUGAGUGCAGAACUUGAGGCAGCACGCUUGGAGAUUGCAAAGAUUAUGCAAGACAGAAAAAGUAUUGCAUCUGAACUUUCAACAUGUAAAGGGAAACUGGACAUGGUGCUGGAAGAAGCAAAGCAGGCCCAAGCAGACAAAAUAGCUGCUGAACAAAUGGCACAGCGCAAAGAGGCCGAGUUGAAGGCAGAUGCGGAGCGUACCCUGGAUGAAGUCAGGUAUCGCCUUGGAGCCGAGCUUAAACAGAUGGAAUUAAGACUGGAGAAGUCUUACCGGGAGCAGGAGAGGGAGGAAGAGGCAACUCUUAAGGCAAGGAGUAUUGCUGAGGCCGCAGACAGGCAUGCCCAGGAAAUGCAGGCACGUCUGGAUGAAGCACUUGCUCGGUUAGCAGCCUUUUCGCGCUCCAUGUCGUCCCUGCAGGAUGACCGUGAUCGAGUGCUGGAUGAGGCCAAGCAAUGGGAGAGUCGUUUUCAUAGCGAGCUACAAGAAAAGGAGGCUGAUGUUCAGGAGGCUGAGACCCGUGCUAAAGAACUUGCUGAGCAACUCCAGAGGGAGACCACCCAAAAAGAGGAGCUGCAGAGUUUAUUGGAAAGAAUGCAAAAGGCGGAAGAGAACCUACAGCUAGAGCUGUCUGAGGCAGAAAAGAAACAUAAUGAAAGCUUUGCAGCUCUUGAGAAAGAAAGAGGGGAUCUGCAGCAGAACCUCGCUCUGGUAGAGACCAACCUGACCCAAACUCGUUCCCAGCUGACUACCCUGGAGACAGAGGCAGAGGGACUACGGCACCGGACCAAAGCUUUAGAAGAAGCAGUAGACAAGCUUCAGAGUGAUGCUAAUGAGGCACGUGCAGUGAUCAAAGAAAGGGAGACAGAAGAAAGGAGACUAUGCUUGAGGCUGGAGCAACUGGAAACAGACCUGGCAUCUUCAAAGAAUCUUACUGACAAUCUUCAGGCAGCAUUGGAUGAGAAGGAGAAGAGGGAAAUGGAGCUCCUUGGUGAGAAGGAGCAAGCUGUGACACAGGCUGUAGAGGAGGCUAGGAAGGAUGCAGAUGGAAGGGCCGAGAUGGCAGAGAAAGAGCUGGAGAAGAAGAGAGAGGAGUUGCGUAGUUUAGAAGAAAGGCUUCGUAAGGCUGAGGAGGACACCUUCCAGAGCAGAGCUCAACUUGAGUCCUUUACCAAGGCUAUGGGCUCCCUGCAGGAUGACAGAGACAGAGUGCUCAGCCAAUACAAGCAGCUAGAGGAAAGACAUCUCCAGGUUAUGAUGGACAAGGACAGUCUGAUCCAAGAGGCUGCAGGUGAAAACAACAGUUUAAAGGAGGAGAUUCGAGCCUUGUUGUCACAGCGGGAUGACCUCAAUGCUGAGAAUGCCAAACUGGCUGCCCAACUUCAUGGCUACAGAAAUGACCUGAACCAGGUUCUUGCUAUGAAGGACUCCCAGCACAAGCAGAUUCUUACUACCCAAGUAGAGCGCAUCAGUUUCCUGGAGAGAGAGAAAGAAGAUCUCAAGAGCCAAAUUCAGGCUCUUGUAAAAGAUGUUGCACAAGGAAAGGUACCUCCAUUGGAGCAGGAGAUCUUGAGCCAAGCCAGUGAAGGGAUUGUUAGAGCCGAUAAGCAAGAUGCACCAGGGGCCGAGGUAGAGAAGCUGAGGGAACAGCUCCAAGCUGCUAGAAAGUGCAUCGCCACCUUGGAGGAGACCUUGGAAUUGGAGAAGGAGACCCAGGCAGUCCACAGCAAAGAGUUGAAGGAGCUGCGCUGGGAAGGUGGUGUUCUGCGCACUGAAGCUGAAACAGCAGAGGAAAGGGUUGCAGAGUUGGCACGGGACCUGUUGAUGAUGGAGCAGCAGCUUCUGGAGGAGAGGGAAGCAGCCUCUCAGCUUCGAGCUCAGAAUCAGUCUUUUGGUCAAGCCAUGACCUCUCUGCAGGAUGCAAGAGAUCAGGCUGUCAAUGAGGCCAAGGAGCUGCGUCUCCGUUUAGAUGAGAUAAACCGAACGGGUCACCCAGCUUCUCCUCCAAGUGGCUCCAAAGGAGAAGUGUGGAGCCUAAAAAAUGCCCUGUCAGCACUGCAAAAUGACAGAGAAAGAAUGUUGGAACAGCUGCACUUGCAGCGGUCUGAAUUGGAUCGACUUGGAUCAGGUGAACUAUCCAGGCUUACUCAGGCUCUGGAGGAUGAGAGAAGAAGGGCAGGGGAGCAAGAGGAAAAGAUCAUGGCAGAGAUGAGGCAUAGAGAUGCACAGAUGGACAGAUAUAAGCAAGAACUGGAAAUGCUCAGACUUGAGAGGAUGGACUGGCAGGGCCAGGUCGAGCUCUUGAAGCAGCAGACCCUGACCACCCUCUCAGAAAGGGACCAACAGGUUCGCCAGCUUACUGCCAUGCUGGAGGAAGCACAGUCAUCAAAAUUACGGCUUGAGCACACACAAAGACAGGGAAGCCUUGCAGUAGACGCUGCCCCUGGUGGCCCUCUAGAGCACAACGAGGGCUUUAAAGCUGAGUGCAUUGAACUCCAGAGAAGGCUGGAUGAGGAGUCAGAACAGAGACUCAGAGUAGAGGAGCAGCUCAUCGCUGCACAGGAUCAACUCAAAUGCUAUACACAGGGGGAGUGGCAGACAGCAUCUGAAGCCAUGAUGUCAGAGACGGCUGUACUUAUUGAGCCUCCAGAGGGCGCCGUUACACGGACUCGUAGUGGUGGACCUGGGCUACUGCGGAUGCUGCGAGUUGCCUUCUGCUCUCGUCAGCGAACCCCUCUGCUGGUGUCACUCUACCUGCUGACUGUUCACGUGCUGUUGCUGCUAUGCAUGGGAGGAUAUCUGUGAGAGAGAGACAGUUACAUGCUCAUUCACUUAUUAUACAAAACAAAUGGACACAUUAUUUAACACAGGGUCAAUUUACAUUCUUCUAUGAAUAAGUUUCCUUGCUUAAUUACCAAAGUUACAUCUGAUCUGUUUGUGUUCUUUUUUUUUUUUUUUUCAGAGCGUUCUGACAAAAAAUAAUUUCCACCCAGUUUUAAUGGGGCUUGUCCAGACUAGUAACACUAGAGCACUACCCGCACUUCCUCAAGAACAUUAUUAUACCCUUUAAGAAAGCCCAAAUUAAUGAAGGAAUUUUUAAGCGUCUGGAAAAGUAGAUGAAGUUGACAAUGUCAGCAUCUGUCAAUUUAAGGGUCUUUCACAUUGCCUGUCAAAUGCAUAAAGGUAGACAACUUAUUUUGACCACAUUCCAGAUUCCUGUAAUUAGUUUUCUUUCCUGAUAUCUCUAUUUCUGCAAAGUCAUAGCAUUCAGAUGUAAUCUAACGGCGAAGCUGAUACAGAUACUGGAUGCGUCUGCAUGGCAAGACGUCAAAAGUCUUCUAGAAGUGUCCUAGUGUGCUGACUGUUUCCUUUCAUGGCCGACUAGUUUGCCAGCUUGGUGCAAUACUGUCAUUUAUAUUUGUUCAUUUUAAUUGGUGGUUUUUCGGUUUAUUUGUUUGUUUUGUUGGUGUUUAUUUUCUGUAACACACUACACAUCAUGUUCUUUACAUCUGGACUACUAUUGCUUUUAUUCACCCUUAAAGACGUAAAUGAAAUACUUUGAAUUUCUUUAGAUUUUGAUUCUGUUUCAAGUAUAAAACGCUUCAUCAAAUCAUUCAUGUUCUGCUUAUUUCCAGUUUUCUGAGCCAGAACUGGACAUCCUAUUCUCACUUAACUACUGUCACUCUGAUCUGUCUGGGCUAUAUAGGGAUGGUUUAGAUUGUGGUUGAAAUAUUGUCUCUAUUUACAGUGAGAUUUUAAGAACAGCCCAGUGAGUGUUUUAUCUGUAAAGUCUGUAUAAAUGAUCCUUCCUCUCCCUCCUGCUACCCUGUUGUAGGGGCUAUUUUUUGGAAAUAAAGUCUAUUUAUGGGAAGA